AUAGACAAAGAAGAACCCGGUUCGGUUCGGGGACUGAUGUGCAGUGGAUUUGAAGUGGUUCACAACGCCAUGCGUCGCCCAAAGCAGCACAACGGUAACCUGUCGGCCCUGAUAUUGAUUGGCCUGAUCAUCGGCCAGAUUACGGUUAAAGACACACAUGGCCUGUUGUUGUAUCCUGUAUCGACGUCGCUGCAAUUGACCUCAUCCAUAUCGAUACCACUCGAUCUGCCAACGCGAACAAAGGUCUUCAUGGACAUGGGAUUCCAGAUGAACUACAAUUUGCCCAAUCUGCUUUCAUCCUUCUACAACUCCACCAUUUGGGCGGAUGAGCUGUCACGUCGUUCCAAGCGACAACUGGACAGUGCCCUGCAUCCCAGUGACAUUACCGCGGGAGAGCUCUACGUGGGCUUGGAGCGUAUGCUAGAGAACUACGGUUACCACAGGUCCUGUCUUCUGCGCAGUGUCUGCGAACUGUCGCUGCAUCCCUUCGCCGAGGAUCACAUAUACGGUCUGGUCACGCAAGUCAUCACCUUCCUGCUAACGCCCUCGCAGCAUGAAGGCUUUGGGGUUGGCGAACAGCUCUAUCGCGAUAGCUAUGAACGAGCCGAGCAGAUUGGCUUCCUUGGUGGCGACUGCCAACGUGCCUAUCCCAGCUGUGAGAUGGAUAUUGUGAAUCUAGUCACCAGGAUAGUCAGAUGAAAUAAAAAUGGUUUGGAGUCUAAUCUUACGAUUGUGUGUGCCAUUUAUUUGAAUUUAAAUAAGAGACAGUUACUCUGACUGUUACUCCGACUACAUAUAUCAUUACCAUUCAGUUCUGAUCAUCCCAUAAGUUCCUUAAAUUGCUAGUGUCUUCAAUAGUUAAAGAUUGAGUGCUAGCUUAGCA